GCCGGCUUCGUGGCUUACAUCAGAGAUAUUGGCCCGGGCCGGUGCACUCCGUAGCCGAGAGGCUGCGGCACAGGAAGCGAGCGUUACCGAGAAGGCGUACGCCCUAGCCGCGGCCCUGCCGGCCCCUCCUCACGCCAACGGACGUCCACUGGCCGCGGCUGCGGCAACACCGUCCUCCAGGCGCGCCCCGCACAAAGAUGGCCGCGCGGAACGUCCCUCUCGAUCACGUGAGCGCUGCCCCGCACAAAGAUGGCAGCGCCAGGCUCUUUCCCCACUUUGCCCGGUUGGUCGCGGAAGGCUGCCCUGUGUAAAGAUGGCCGACGAGGGCUUCUAACCGAGCAGGUCACCCACACGUAGCUGCGACAGAGGCUGCCUUCUGGCCGACCUCGGCUGCUUCUCCCUGGCCCGGAAGCAGAUCCCCUGCGGGUCUCCUAGCAGCCGCCGGUGCGGGAAGGGAGGCGCCCGUGAGGGGCCGUGGCUGCUGGCCGUGGUGCCUGUCCCGGUGCUCGGCAGGGUAUUCCAGAGACCAUCUGUGACUGUUUUCAAGAUAGUUCCACUUAAUGAGGUUAUGGGAGAGAAGGAGCCAUGUCAGAAGAAGCUGUUACUGAGGCACGGUUUUCUCUGAAGACAGUAGCUUUACGGGUAUUUCAUCUUCCCCUUUCUUGGUAUUAUUCACUUAACCAGAUAAAGCUUUCCCCUGGGCUAAAGAAACUUUUCACAGUAACAGCAGUGAGUGCAAUAUCUCUUAUUUUUCUGGCCCAUCACUUUAAAAGAAGACGUGGAAAGAAAAACAAGAAAGUGCCACCAUGGGAACCAAGUAAUCUAGUGUUAGAGUGUACCAAAGCAGCUGCAUCAGAAAAAGGUUCUAGUUGUUCCAGUAGUCGGCAAAACUUGACUCUUUCUCUGAGCUCUGCCAAGGAAAAAGGAUCUCAGUCUUGUAUCUAUGCAAAUGGAGGACUUUUCAGUAAAUACUCUGGUUCGGUUCAAAGCCUGGCCUCGGUUCAGAGUGCCACCUCUUGUCACAGUUGUGCUUGUGGCAAUUCUAAUUCCUGGGAUAAAGCAGAUGAAGAUGAUAUUAAGCUUGUCAAUAUUCCAGUGACCACACCUGAAAAUUUGUAUUUGAUGGGUAUGGAGCUUUUUGAAGAAGCACUGCGGCGGUGGGAGCAGGCACUAACUUUCCGUAACAGGCAAGUUGAAGAUGAAGCAAGUUGUGGCUCCAUUAAGCUAGGAGCAGGAGAUGCAAUUGCGGAAGAAAGCAUAGAAGAUAUCAUUAGUGCUGAAUUCAUUCAUAAGCUUGAAUCCCUUCUUCAAAGAGCUUAUCGUCUUCAGGAAGAGUUUGAAGCCACCCUUGGGGCCUCUGAUCCUGCUUCUUUAGCUAAUGAUAUUGAUAAAAACACAGACAUUACCGUAAAGGAUAAUACUGAGGAUUUCUGCCUUCGAGAUACUUUAAGCAUUGCAUCAACGGACUCUUUUGUUUCCACAGCUGAGCUUACAGAGCCCAGAGAGGUUCAUCAUACAUAUGGUCUAGAUUCCCUUUGCCAUUGCCCCUUGUAUGAAGAAGCUAUGCACUUAGCAGAAGAAGGCAAAAUUUAUUCACGGGUCUUAAGGACUGAAAUGUUUGAGUGUCUAGGAGACAGUGACUUCCUUGCUAAGCUUCAUUGUAUUCGACAAGCUUUUCAGGUAAUUCUUUCAGAAACAGCAAACAGAGUAUUUCUUGCUGAAAGUGGAAGAAAAAUUUUGUCUGCUUUAAUUGUGAGAGCACGAAAGAACCCAAAGAAAUUUGAAGAUGUCUUUGAUGAAAUGAUACAUUUUUUGGAACAAACAGAUCACUGGGAUAAUACUGAAAUGGAACUUGCUGCUAGAGGAGUGAGAAACCUGAAUUUUUAUGACGUUGUUCUGGACUUCAUAUUAAUGGAUUCAUUUGAAGAUUUAGAAAAUCCACCAAUAUCUAUACAGAAUGUAGUAAAUAACCGCUGGCUAAAUUCCUCUUUUAAAGAAACGGCUGUGGCUUCAAGCUGUUGGUCAGUACUGAAGCAGAAGAGACAGCAAAUGAAGGUGCCUGAUGGAUUUUUUGCACAUUUCUAUGCUAUUUGUGAACAUAUCAGCCCUGUUUUGGCGUGGGGCUUUUUGGGCCCUAGAAAUUCCCUGUAUGACCUGUGCUGCUUCUUCAAGGAUCAAGUGCUUUUCUUCCUCAAAGACAUUUUUGAUUUUGAAAAGGUGAGAUACUCAACUAUGGAAAGUUUGGCUGAAGAUCUCAUGCAGUUGUUAAUCCGACACACUGAACUUUUAAUGGCCUAUCUUGGAGCAGAUUCGCUCAGACAUGUCAGUGCUUGCGUAAGUGGUCAUGGGCAUGUCAUGACCAGUGGGCUCUUAGAAGCAAAAGCACAGUAAGCUUAAAACCCAUGGCCCAUGAAACAGAGUGCACUUUGAGGUACUCCUUCCCACUGUUCCCUGUAACGCCGAAGCUGUCAUUGCCGGUACCAAGUGGGCAUCUGAAAAUGUAUCAUGUCGCUAAGUAUGGAAAAGGACUCAGGGAGGUUAAAUGUAUGUCUAUAGAAAGAACUGGUGAGCAAAUUAUUGUAUAUACCUAAAUUCAGUUUGCAGCUCAACUGUCACUGUAUUUAUACUUAAUGUAUCCCAAAGCUUUUUUCUGUAAUAUUUGGGUAAAGUUUCUUUAUGAAAUACUGUACUUUUGCACAGAUGAUUUGUAAGUGAAGCUGAUGGAGUCGUUUUCUUUAAAGGCUUAUCGUACAAAAUGUUCAUUACAGAGUCUCAUAAUCCUUGUGUGUCUAGAUCUAGAAGGUGUGUUUCGACUGGGGUAUAUGAAGUCUCUGAUUCAUGUGACACAUGCAAUAAAGUAAUCACACUCACAAUACUGUACAUGUUGCCACUGCCCUGAAAUUACAUUUGUAUGGGUGUACAUGGUUGUUUUGUGUUGCAGUGUACUAGAGUGAUGCAGCAGAUGCAGGCACCAUCGGGGCAAGAGUGACUUCCAGAAUGCUUUUUUUAACUUUAUUUUGGUUUAAAAUAUAUAAACACAAUGAAAGUGUUUGAGAGCACUUACUUAUAUAUUUAUAUUCACAAAGCUCUGCUGAGUUCACUAGUUAAUUUAAAACUUUUCCUUUUUCUAAAACUAUGAGUAGUUGAUAUGGUGGCAGUAACUAGUCUCACACCAUUCUCAGUUCAUCUGUAGCAUUUCAAAAUCUAUUUUUUAAUAAGGUUGUGUGAUGAGAUUUGUUAAUCAUGAAACAAAAUCAAAGGCAAUGUUUUACAAUUAAAAGCAUUUCUGUCUUCUUCCAUUCCCUGGAGGAAGUCAGGUGUCUAUUUAAGUGGAAACGUAAGCAAUUGUGGCCAUCCACCACAUGGGAUGCAAAACUGUGGCUCAGGAUGUUGAGCCCUGAGCUUUAGAGAGGAGCACAGCCCAGAGAGGAGGCAUGAGAGACCUUGCAGUAACGUUUUUUUCCAGUGCUAAAGGUAAUAAAUAGUGAUGAUCUGCAAUCUUUGAAUUUCUGUAAACUGAAGUGUUUCAUACUUAGCUUAGGCUCUUAAACUGCACUUUGAUAUGCUUUGCCACACCAAGCCAGCCCACAAAAAACUAUCCAGUGUCAAAUAACACAGAGUAAGUAAUUACAGAGUAAUUCUGAUUAUUCAGGUGCUUGAGAAGCCUGUUGUUAAAAUCUAGCAUGUUGAAACCAACUUUGAUUGGAAACAUCUCAACUUCUGUUGCAAACACAACCCCAAGUGCCGUCACUUGCAAAGGAGGGCCUGGGUAACUCUGUGAGGUUUACAGAAGCUGACAUUUUGCUCCUUUUGUUGUACUCAUUUGAGAAAAAUGCUGAAAAUGUGUCAUACAACUUGUGUGAAAUGCCAACUGAUUAUAGUUUGUUAAAACACACAAAGUAACUAUACAUCGACGUGUAAUAAAACAGAACUUCCAAAUGCUGCUGUUGGUCUGUUUCUACCAUUCAAGUUGCUGAACUUGACCCCAUGCUCCAUGCUAUACUUUUUUCUCCACAAAUUGUGUCUUCAGUAUGGGAAUGGGAAGUUUUUUCAGCCAUCUCACUUAGCUUAAGCAUACUUACCUGCUCAAAAGUAUCUGGGAUGUGGCAGCUUUUUACAAGUCUGUGAAUGAAAUUAUGUGGAAGAGCAAGGUGUCUUGUUGGGUUCAGGAGCAAUAGGAACAGCUGGAAAGAGAAGUAAGAGAGUAAAUGGCAUAUUCCACAGCAAAUGUACUGCCCUGAGAUUGCAGUGUGACAAAGGAAACUGCUGUGGUUUUCUGGUCUAAUAAAAUGAUAUAAAGGAAAUGAAACCUGAACAGUCAUCACAGGAAUGCACCUUUUCACAGAAGUGAAUGUAUAUUUGAGUGAUUGUCAUCUUAU